AUGGGUAAGAUUUGGUUUGUGGUGGAUCUGGUUGAACGCUCGGAUCGAGAGCUGGGUCUUGGAACCAGAACAGACAGUGAGGCCGAUGGGCAGUUGUUGAGCAGGGAAGCACGUAUAUGUUCAGUGAACAAGAGCAGUGCGGACAUUGUCGACCGCUGGGGUCGAAAACCAUGUUGGGAGUCUGUGAGGAUGAAGAAGGAAGAGGAAGGGGAAGAAGAAGGAAGAAGAAAGAAAAGGGAAGAAGAGGAAAGAAGAAGGAAGAGGAGGAGGAAGAAGAAGAAGGGGAAGAAGAAGAAGGGGAAGAAGAGGAAGAAGAGGAAGAAGGGGAAGAAGAGGAAGAAGGGGAAGAAGAGGAAGAAGAGGAAGAAGAGGAAGAAGGGUAAGAAGAGGAAGAAGGGGAAGAAGAGGAAGAAGGGGAAGAAGAGGAAGAAGUGA